CAGAAAACUUCCACUAUUUCUUUGGCUCUACAUAUUGAAUAUUUAGUUCUAACUUAAGCAUUCUGAGAAUCUCAACUUUCUGGGUAAUCCUUCAUGCCUCAUUUGAUAUUUUAAUCGCUACCAAAUGAUUUCAGCAGGUUUCAGUUCUGCCAUAUGCACGAGACCUAUUGUCUCCUUUUCAAACACCAUAAGAGGAGUGCACAACCAUGGAAGAGUUGCAUGUUUGGCCACCUCCAUGUCAUCUACCUCCAUGACUGCGACAAGAGAUGCUGAGAAUGAACUGGAAAGCCAAAAAUACGAAUUGCUUAAAAUCAUCCAAGAUACUCAACGAGGACUGGUGACAACUGCUGAUCAACGAUCCAUCAUUGAGGAGGCUAUGGUAGUGGUUGAAAGUUUUGAUGCUGGCAAAGAAAUUGACUUGAGUAAGUUGGACGGAACAUGGCGGUUGCAGUAUACAUCUGCAUCGGACGUGGUCAUUCUUUUUGAAUCUGCUGCUAGGCUUCCGUUCUUUCAGGUGGGUCAAAUUUUCCAGAAAUUUGAGUGCAAGAGUGAAUCCCGUGGAGGACUAGUACGCAAUGUCAUCAAAUGGAGUGUUCCACGCUUAUUAGAGGAGAAUGAAGGUGCUACGCUAAUAGUUUCUGCCAGAUUUUCUUGCGUUUCAGCUCGUAACAUUUACCUCAAGUUUGAGGAGAUAGGUCUUCAAAAUAUUAACAUCAGUGAAGAUCUGCAAGCUGUAAUAGCUCCAGCAAUUCUGCCAAGGUCAUUUUUAAGUUUACAGAUACUGCAGUUUAUUAGGAGUUUCAAAGCUCAAGUUCCAGUUACCAGCCCAGAGAGGCGAUCUGUAGGGGGCCUAUAUUACCUUUCUUAUCUUGAUAACAAUAUGCUCUUAGGCCGCGCUGUUGGAGGUGGUGGAGUAUUUGUAUUCACUAGGACACAAGCUCUUACCUUCUAACCAGCCAGUUCAGAUACGCGGUCUAUCCCAUCCUUUGUGAAAAAGAAAUUUGUCUAAGCAAGGAAACAACACAUAUACCAGUUUCUUUGCAGCCAUAGGAGCUAAUAUAGCCUGGUCCUACAUGUAAAUUUUAAGGCUUCUAAAGCUAAGUGGCUCGGAAUUGCAGAUUUAUGCGAAUGUAUACAUAUAAAUUGAUUGUGGAUGAGAUUUAAAAGAAUAUGUGCAGUGAUUUCAGUGACCUAAAUCUAGGUCACGGCUGGCACUAAUGGAUUCAUUCUGCUAAA